AUGGUUUUUGGACAACAUGAAGUCCAGCUGUAUGGUAUAGCUGUCCUGGUCAUUAUUGGAGUGCUAUGGAACACCUUCAACUUGAUAACAACCAUGUUCCAGCAGUGGAAGGCUGGUGGUGUCCAGACUGUGGGACUGAUCAUCUCCACUAUCUCCCUGGGCAAUGUUUUCCUGCACCUCUCCACCUUUGGCAUCGUAGUCACUACAUGGCGUGGGGUGUUGUGUUGGGAUGAUCUACCCAUGUUCUUCUGUGCCAUGUUGUAUGUGUGGCUGAGCAGCAGCUGUUUGAGCUUCUGGUCCAUCGCCUGGCUGAGUGUCCUCUAUUGUGUGAAGGUGGUCAACUUCACCUCUGAGCUGUUCGCUAAGAUCAAGACAAACAUCUCACCGAUCAUCAACGUGGCUCUUGCAGUGACCUUCCUGAACUCAUGUGUGAUGUUUUCCCCCUUCUUCUCCCUUAAUUACCGUAACGAGUCAUACAUAACACCUGUGACAAAGAACACCACCUGCGUGAUUAAGACACCUCUAUUCCCCACUUGGAUCAACAUGAACCUUUAUGUACUAGUCUUCAUCUGCUACCUGGCUCCGUUACCUGUGAUGGUGAUGGUUCCCUCCUCCAUCAGACUGGUGGUCCAUCUCUGCAAACACACGCUGGAGAUGAGAAAGAACAAGACCGAUGUUCAGAGUGCUGACUCCUACCUGCUGGUGUGCAAGCUUACUGUGGCCCUGGUGGGCGUCUACAUAACCACUCUGACCACCAUCUCCCUGUUCUAUCUCUCUAAACUAUAUGGCUCUGACAUUAGCAUUAACUCACUCCUGCUGGGUUACUCCUUCUAUUGCAUAGCAUCAGGCGUUCUCUUGACUAUCUCCAAUAAGAACCUGAGGGAGAAACUCUUGGCUCUUUUCUGCAGUACCAAGGCAUCAAACCCAUCAAGCAAAAGCCUGAGUGGAGAAACUGGGGCAGCUUGA